AUGAGUUCUUUGCAGCCAGAUUUAUGUGUUCUGAAUUCUCACGAAAUUAGCGCUUUGGACCGGGUCUCCUGGAAGAGUCAGGAGUUCCUAGACAAUCCUCUGGCCUCUGUUGUACAUACUCUGCUGGCUUGUUUGGAUCAUGAAGAAAGUGAGACUGUUCACCAAGAGAUCGAGAACAAUUUGGUCAAUUGGGAAGAUUUUAGUAUUUCUGAUCAAGAAACAUUGACCCGAAGUCUUUACUCAUGCCUGUUAGGAGCAGAUGCCUUUCCCCUUGUUAAGCGUGGGUCUGAGCCUAUAGUGUGUGCUGUCAUGAAAACCGUUACUGGUUGCAAUUGCGAUCUCGAGCCCGAGUCAGUGAGACUGUUCAAAAUUGUUGCUUUGAAUCUGUUGCAUUUCCUUGCUUCUUCUUCUGUGAUUUCCAAGUCGAACUUGUUUUCUGUGGAUUCUACGCACUUCCUGUUGAGGUACAUGGAAAGCGUGGUGACAGAAACUGUGGACACCGAAGUGCUCAAUGCUUACGCCAAAACUUUUGUGUUGUCUUCCCAAGUUGCAAUUAGUCCUGCUGAUUGCCUGUUGGUGAUACGUAUGGCAUCAGAGAAUACCAGCAAAGCCUUCUGGCUUGGUCUGUUGAAUGAGCUUACUGCUGUCGAUCAUAAGACGCCUUCUACGCUGGCGACAUCGGUCGGGAAAGCUGUUUUUACGGAUGUUCAUUUCGAACAACCAGACCUGGGGUACAGUAUUCAGUGUUGGCUGCGUGUUUCGCAGGGAUUUUCACUUGACUCUACGGGAUUUCAGAAACGGCUGGUGACUUUGGGUGAUGAAACCUCAAGUAUCUCGCUCUGGAUAAGAGGGGACAAGUUUUACAUCAAAGCUACAUAUGCUUCUGGAAACUCUGAGGGCGUUACUUUCGAGGGCUUGAAUAUUGAGAGAGAUGUUUUCUAUCACGUUGUGAUACGUCAAAGCUCGAGGAAAGACUCCAAAGUUACGCUGUUUGUCGAUGGUGAACCCAUCCAGACGGUGGAUCUUCAGUUUCCAUUUUCAGAGUCUCAUUCAAAGUCUGACCCUCAAAAAGGGCUUCUUUUGCAAGUCUCAUUUGGUGGCGACUCGAAAGAAAGCGAUACGGUCCUGGAGAUUGUAAACAUGUUCAUCCUAAACGAGCUGGUCUCUCCUGAAUGGUGUUUGCUAUCCUUCUGUUUGGGCAUGAUGUAUACAGGUAACUACCAGGAUAAAAACAUAACCAAAUAUGUGACUUAUAAGUCUCUACGACAGUUGGAAAUUGGGCUUCAGGAGCUUUAUACAGGAAGAUCUGGAGGCUGGCUCUCUAGUCUGAAAAAGAAGAGGCCCAAGGAGCUUGGAGAGCUCCAAAGAGCUUUAGGAGAGGAUGGGCUGUUCAACAUUGAUGCUAGGUUCAUUGCUUUGAACUUUCAUACUCUUCUGCUGGACAAAUCUGGAAAUGAUCUCAAUGUCUUCAGUGGAAUGUAUCUGUGCAAAAACAGCAGACUGGUGUCGUUGAAACAGCCGUCUAAUUUGACCAUUCCAAAGAUCACCAUGUCUGAAGGGGUGAUGUUUGUUUCAAGGGAACCACUGUUUCCCGUGAUUUAUGCAUUGGGAGGCUCAAUAGUGUUUCUCAAGAUAAUUGAAUCAUGUUCAACUGCCGACUUGCUGGAGACGGCAGUUGAGAUUCUUGCCAGAUUUCUCGAGAACGACUGGGCUAGCCUGAAGGAAUUUGAGACAAAAAGUGGUUAUGACAUUCUGAGUACCAUACUGAAGACAAAAAAGCAUCUAAUAACUCUCAGACUGUUAGAUGUGAUACUCAGUUUUGUGGGGUAUGACCACAAUUCUCCAAUAGAUUCGUUGCUUAUUAAUCCACAGGCAUAUGGAUCAUUAAUAGCAGAUUUUGAGAUCUGGAGACCCAAGAAUGUUGCAGACUCUGUCUCCAGGGAUAUCUUCAAGUUCUUGCUCUUUCAGUUCACUGUAUUUGGCCAAACUAGCAAAUACAGCACCUACAAUUUGAGGUUGAUGGUCAAGAUGAGAAUUAUCAAGCGUUUUAUACAGGCCCUCAAGUAUGGUUCAUUUACCGAGGAUAUACUGCCAGUUGUGCACGAUUCGCUGCUAGUACUGGUGAAGGUCAAUCCAACGCCUGAAGUUUUGCGGUCGCUAUCUCUUUAUGUGGUUUUUGCAUCAAAUAAGGAAAGCAACCAUAAGAAUGCUGAACUGCAGAGGAAGUGUGGUUUGUGCGCUCUUGAUGUGCUGGUAUCUGUAGCCUGUGAUCCUGCCUCUGCUACAAUGCCUGUCAAUAUCAAGCAAUUCUAUAAAGAGCUGUCACGUUCCGUUACAGUGCGUUGGACUCUGCUUCUUCUAUUUGAUCGAGAUCCUCUGGUAAUGAAGCUGGCCAUACGUUUGCUCACCCAUCUGUUCAUCAACUCUACCCCAAAAUUAUAUCCCAAGUUCAUUGCUCAGGGUGGAGUGGAUAUUAUCAGUAUGUUCACCAUGAAUGCCUGGAGCGAUGAUGGAGUGGUUGCCUUGAUUUUUGCAGGUGUAUUUGGAGUUUUCCAGAUCAACGAUAAGGACUUGCAUCUCAGUAGUUUGGUGGACAGCAAGUUCCUGAAAAAUACGAAGGCUAGCUGUUUUCUGCCCGAGUUCUUGCUGGUGAUCAACAAUAUGGUGAAGCAGUCUGUGGAAUCUGUUUCUGUGGCCAAUAUAUCCGAGGAUUCGAAAGUCUUCCUGGACUUCAUAAGCUUCCAAAACGCUUACCUAACGUCUUUGACCGAAACCUUCUCGAAUGUUGAGAGUUUUAGGGUGUAUCUGGCAGCCAGUCCGAUCUUUCUACAGGAUACCUUCGACAUAUGUCUCAGAUUCAAUGUGCUGGAGCAAGAAUUUCCAAAUGACGAAAUAAAGGGCUGUUCUAGGCGAUGGAGGUCUUUCACCAUUGACCUUUUCAUGUAUGAGCUGCUUAGUGGGACCUCGAUGAAGAAGUUCUUCACUUCAGAUUCAUACUACGGUACAGUUUUCACCUUCGUCAUCUUCCCCGAGUUUGUGAACGAUCUUCAAGCAUUUUUUGUGUUUGUUGAGAACUCUAUCAACAAAAGCACGGAACCUUUUGAAAAUAUCUUUCAUGUUUUGCAGACGGUUCUUAACGUGAUUUCCAACCCCAACGUUGAUGUCACCGACUGCAUACCCAUAGCGGAUAUUUUUUGCGAUGUUGCUGAAAAGUUUGAAAAACAUGACAGGCUUACACAAAAAUCAAUGAUUCAGUUGGCCUCCUUAAAAAGCAGACUUGGAGAAUACGUUGUUGAAAAGUUUUCAAAUGGCCAGAGCGAAGUGCUUAAGGCUUUGCUACAGUCAUUGAUAUUGCAUCAAGGUUUAUACAUGGAUAAAGAUACAAUGAACAACGAGCGCCUUGCUGGCCUGUUGUCCUGCAUUGUGCCUGUAUCAGACAGUUCGGAGCUGGAGUAUCUGGCAAUCAACUUUGCGAGAAUGUGCUAUCUUCAUAGACAGUCAGAUUUUCCCUCCAUAUAUGGUCUCAUUUCUGACAACCCUGAGUCUCAAGAGCAACUCCAGGCAUUUUUCGUGGGACUUCUUGAGAUGAGCGAUGAAGAAGUGACAUCAGGUGAGUUGUUUGGAACUACCAAAGAGCUAUUCCGAAGUUAUGCGGCUUCCAGUAGGCUCAAGACAUCUGUGGAGUCACUGCAACAACCCAUCAACGAGCUUCUUCGUGAGUUGUUUCAAACCAAGGAUCUCAUACAGCACAAAACCAUCACCGCGAAUUUUGAGAAGGAAAUGAGUUCUUGGAUCAAAACGAUUGUUAAGUCAGAAGCUGUGAAGUACAACCGACGUAUCCAGGACCAGACAGAUGACCUGACAUUUUUUGUGUCUGCCUAUGAGCUGAUCAAUGCCGAGGCAUGUCGUUUACUUCAAAAGGAACGUAAGAUAAAAUGGCGAGUGGAUCAAACGGAACUGGUUGAUAGAAUGCGGCUGAGACUGAUUCCAUACACAUACUUGGACUCUACGCAGAAACCUGUUUCUGAAAGAGUUUCUCAGGGAUUCUCGGAUGGAGUUCCAUUGAAUGGUGUAUCUGACUUAUCUGUGGAGGAUACUGCGGAGGUUGAAUCAUUUCAUGAAGACUCGGAAGACCUUGAAAUGUCUCAAGACGAUAAAAAGAGAAAGAUCCUGCGAAAUCUCUAUGUGGGAGAUCGUAUCCUUGAGCUAUGGAAUGUGAGUGAAAUACUGGGAUUGCAGGCAGUUGAGUCGAUCUUGAUCAUGGGAAUCUCACACUUAUACUUGAUUGAGAAUUAUUUCCAUUGCAAAGAUGGUGAGAUAGUGAGGAUUGACGAGGCACCUGCAAACAGUCGAGAUCCGUACAUGGACCUUAUUGCUGGUGGAGGAAAUUCUAGCAUCAAUUCAAAUCCCAAGACUCAUUCGACCAAAUCAUGGGAGAUUUUCAAGCUUGUCUCCAUCUCUAAGAGACAAUUUUUACUCCGAGACGUUGCUCUGGAGCUAUUCUUCGUCGAUGGUACAAGCUUCUUGAUUACAUGCAAGCAGAAGAACCUGAGGGACGCCAUAUAUUCCCUGCUUUCUUCUAGUGUAACUGCCAAACACUCAGAUGAGGAUCUUGCACAGGCAUUCUCGCUUUCAGCUUCCUCUCUGGCUCCUUCUCCCAGCUCGUCGAUUGCAAACCGUUUCGCGAAUGUAUUUUCGUCUCCAAACUUGUCGAGUUUGGCUAUCACCAAGAAGUGGAGACAUGGAAAAGUGUCAAACUUCUACUAUCUGAUGAUCAUCAACACGUUGGCAGGUAGAACUUUCAACGACCUGACGCAAUACCCUAUCUUUCCCUGGGUUAUUGCGGACUACACUAGCUUGGAACUUGAUUUCUCGGAUCCAAAGACUUUCAGAGAUCUAAGCAAACCUAUGGGGGCUCAGACUGAAGACAGAAUCAACGUUUUCAAAGAGAGAUACUCUGCUCUCAAGGGCCUGGAAGACCCGGGUGCACCGCCUUUCCACUACGGGACUCACUAUUCUUCAGCAAUGAUUGUCACGUCAUUCCUGAUUAGACUGGAGCCUUUUGUUCAGUCUUAUCUGGUAUUACAGGGAGGCAAGUUUGACCAUGCCGAGAGACUUUUUUACUCUAUCAGCAAGGCCUGGGAUUCGUGUUCCAAAGAGAUAGCGACGGAUGUCAGAGAACUCAUCCCAGAGUUUUUCUUUCUUCCAGAGUUUCUAGUUAACUCCAACGGAUUUGCUUUUGGAAAGCUUCAAAAUGGGAAGCAAAUCGGUGAUGUUGAAUUACCACCUUGGGCUCAUGGUGACCCCAAGAUCUUUAUCCAGAAGAACAGAGAGGCCUUGGAGUCUCCAUAUGUCUCAGAGAAUCUCCACAAAUGGAUAGACCUGGUGUUUGGGAUAAAGCAAAGAGGAAAGCCUGCAAUUGAAGCUUUGAACGUGUUCCAUCAUCUAAGCUACCCAGGAGCUAUCAAUCUGGAUAAGAUAGCUGAUGAGCAGGAAAGAAGGGCCAUGGCUGGGAUCAUCCAUAACUUUGGCCAGACCCCGAUGCAACUUUUCACGAAGCCCCACGCUGCACGAGACGACACCUCAGUAUGUCAGUUAAACAUUGGAACCAUAUUGGAUAUUCCCAUAUCGAUGAAUGACUCCCACUUGAAACAUCCGGUUGACCACAUAGAAUUGGACGAACAGACCGGUGAUUGGAAGGGCCGGAGCAAGUUGUUCUCCAGAAUUGAAAACAUCACACUGAAGGGAAUCCAGGGAUCGCCAUCAAUGGCCGUCAAUGGCGUUUUAUAUGACCACAUGCACAAUAGUGCCGUUUCUUCCAUUGCGUUUGUGAGCACCACGUGCUUUUUGACUGGAUGUGUGGAUGGUACAAUUCAUGUUUGGAGUCAGUCGUUCAAGAGCUCGCGCGUUUCGACCGUUACCAAUGCACGAAAGGAGAUCUUCUCUGCCAAUGUCACCCGAAAUACUGGACUUGAGCUUGUCUGUGUAAUGAGAGGGCAUAUGGCUGCAGUGUUGGAACUCAAAACCGCUCCUGCGCUCAAGACGUGCGUGAGUCUUGAUGCUGACGGAAGGGUUUUGGUGUGGGAUACUCUUCGUUCCAGUCUACUACAGGAAAUCAAGCAAGAAAAGGUAAAACAUGUUGCAAUUGCAAAUGACACAGGUAUCAUAUGUCUCGUUUCUGGGAAAGAAGACAUGAGUUGGAUAUCGUUGUACACUAUUAACGGAGACCUGCUUAUGUCUGAAGCUGUUAGAGGUGAGGAUCAGGACUACAUUCAUUGCAUUGAUUUUGCGCAGUCCAAUUGGUUCAUACCCAACCAUGGCUCAUCUGUUUAUCAUGAAUACUGGGAGCCCCGGUGCGUGCUGGUGACUGGUUGGAGAAGCACAGUCAAUGUGUAUAAGGCUCGUUUUGAUGGGGAGGGCACGAGUUUGGCGCUAAUGAGGAAGUUCCGCCUUCAAUUGAGUGACGGGGAUGUCACGGCGGUGAGAAUGCACUUAUCGCUUGAAGUUGACGGAAAUGGUGCGAAAAGUGGCAGGGCUGAAGUCAUCUGUGGUGACUCAAAGGGCAGGUUGGUGCUGUGGCAUUAG